GCCAGAAGAGAUACCUCCGCAAAUAGGGGCAGAUCUACUUCCGGUCUCUUCUGCCGGGCGGAAGUGAGCGGAGCGGAGAGGGAAAACAGCGCUCCUUUCCGGUGUAGGGGUACAGUUGAAGUAGCUACUGACGAGGGAGGAGUCGUUCGUGAGCUUUCCCGUCAGAUCAGAUCGGGGGCCAGAAAGGUCCAGUCCUCUCUGCGUGGGCCCCCUCUGGUCACACAGCCCUGCAGCUGCCCCUUCCUUACCCCCCAGGAUGACGCGCCACGGCAAGAACUGCACGGCGGGGGCCGUCUACACCUACCAUGAGAAGAAGAAGGACACAGCGGCCUCAGGCUACGGCACCCAGAACAUUCGACUGAGCCGGGAUGCCGUCAAGGACUUCGAUUGCUGCUGCCUCUCUCUGCAGCCGUGCCACGACCCUGUUGUUACCCCCGAUGGCUACCUGUAUGAGCGGGAGGCAAUCCUAGAGUACAUUUUGCACCAGAAGAAGGAGAUCGCCCGGCAGAUGAAGGCCUACGAGAAGCAGCGGGGCGCCCGGCGUGAGGAGCAGAAGGGGCUGCGGCGGGCGGCCGCGCAGGACCAGGUGCGGGGCUUCCUGGAGAAGGAGGCGGCCAUCGUGAGCCGGCCCCUCAACCCCUUCACGCCCAAGGCCGCCUCCGGGGACUGCCCAGAUGAUGCCAGACCCGGGUCCAGUGCGGGCCCCACAGGCAAGGACAAGGACAAAGCGCUGCCCAGCUUCUGGAUCCCAUCGCUGACCCCCGAGGCCAAGGCCACCAAGCUGGAGAAGCCGUCGCGCAUUGUGACCUGCCCCAUGUCCGGGAAGCCGCUGCGCAUGUCCGACCUGACGCCCGUGCGCUUCACGCCGCUCGACAGCUCCGUGGACCGCGUGGGGCUCAUCACGCGCAGCGAGCGCUACGUGUGUGCCGUGACCCGCGACAGCCUGAGCAACGCCACACCGUGCGCCGUCCUGCGGCCCUCUGGGGCCGUGGUCACCGUGGAGUGCGUGGAGAAGCUGAUUCGCAAGGACAUGGUGGACCCCGUGACCGGAGAGAAGCUCACGGACCGCGACAUCAUCGUGCUGCAGCGGGGCGGCACGGGCUUCGCGGGCUCCGGAGUGAAGCUGCAGGCCGAGAAGUCCCGGCCGGUGAUGCAGGCCUGAGCGCGCGGUAAACCAAAUAAAUGGGCUUGUUGGACGCGACAGGCCGUGUGGCGCCGUCAUUCACCUCGCCAGAGCCCGGUGACAGCGUGAGCUCAGGAAUGACUGCGCUUUGAAAGCGUGGGCUAAAAAUAUUUGGUUGUGGUCUCACGUUAAGAGUAAUAUCUGAAUCGAAUGCAAACGCACAGCUUUAAAUGGGUUGAGUGGCCAGAGUGGCCAGAGGUCGGAGUCUGGGCCGCGACCACAGGAGGGCGCCACUUUAACGGACUGUAGAAGUCCCCGCACUUUCUUUUGAGUUAAACCAAAUUUGAAGCCCAGGAGGCGACCCGGAACGCGGCGUCUCCCGUGGUAAAGUUUGAUAAGACACGCAAAGGAAAUGAAGUGCUAUGUGUGACUGAGAAAGCGAACAGCCGGCACCCUGUCUAGAGAAGGCAGUCAGGAACGCUCCCUCCCCCACCACCUGGAGGCUGGAGGGUGAAGAGGAAGAGGAAACCGCAAGUGCAAAGUCCCGGAGGCAGCACUCGGCAGGUGUGACGAGGGAGGAGUUCAGAGCACCCAGGCCUAGUGGACCUGCCUGGAGCUCAGACUUGACUAGGAGGGCAGGGGUGGCCUUUAAAGCUAUGUUUUUAAUAACCAUUGAAUCACAAAAGCAGGCCCUGUGCAGUGUGGAGAACCAGAGCACACAGUCAAGCAAAGACUGCAAAAAUAAAGUCUUAAAAGUCCUGA